ACUGCGUUGAUGGUGAUGAUGAUGCCUUCAAUCUCCAACAGCAACAACACCCACACUCCUUUCCCUUCUCUCUCUCUCUCUUUCCUCUCUUCACUCAACUCAACUCUUUCCUUCUUCUUCUUCCUCCUUUCAUUUCUCACCACGGCCAAUCUCUUCUUCUCCUCGUCCUCCUCCUCCUUCUUUUCAUGCAAUUACUGUAACAUCCCAUGAAACAUAAACUUUUUUUUUUAAGUAACUAACCAAUACUUUCUCUCCAAACUAAACACUUCCUAAUUGUUCUCCAUGGGUGAUAACAACUGUGGCUGUUGGGGUGUCUUGAAACGCGGUGUUUGCAAGUCCUCUGCUUCUCGUGACUCUGCUAAUACAAUUCCUCGUACUAGUCUUGUUUAUGAUGCUGCUACCGAGACAAGAUAUCUAAAUGCUAGUAAUAGAGAGCUUUGCCCUCCAAAUGAAGCUCAUCUUUCAUCUGAUAACCCUGAUCCACCACCAUCAGAUGACAAAUCUCCAUGCCAGCUUCUCCAGUUUACUUUUCAGGAGCUAAAAUCUGCAACAGGAAACUUUAGACCUGACAGCAUUCUUGGAGAAGGUGGUUUUGGCUAUGUCUUCAAGGGGUGGAUAGAGGAAAAUGGGACGGCACCAGCGAAACCAGGUUCAGGGAUUACAGUUGCUGUCAAGAGUUUGAAGCCAGAUGGUCUUCAAGGCCAUAGAGAAUGGGUGGCUGAGGUUGAUGUCCUCGGACAGCUUCAUCAUCCUAAUCUUGUUAAACUCAUCGGUUACUGCAUUGAAGACGAUCAGCGGCUGCUUGUAUAUGAAUUUAUGACCCGAGGAAGUCUUGAAAACCAUCUUUUUAGAAGGACAAUACCUCUUCCAUGGUCCAAUAGGAUUAAGAUUGCACUUGGGGCAGCGAAAGGAUUGGCCUUUCUCCAUGGUGGUCCCGAACCAGUCAUUUAUAGAGAUUUUAAGACAUCCAACAUUUUACUUGACUCGGAAUAUAAUGCCAAACUUUCAGAUUUUGGUCUAGCAAAAGCUGGUCCUCAAGGAGACAAAACACAUGUUUCUACUAGGGUUGUUGGAACCUAUGGCUAUGCUGCACCAGAGUAUGUUAUGACAGGACAUUUGACAUCUAAGAGUGAUGUCUACAGCUUUGGUGUUGUAUUACUUGAGAUCUUGACAGGCCGAAGAUCAAUGGACAAGAAGCGCCCAAAGGGGGAGCAGAAUCUUGUUGCUUGGGCUCGACCAUAUUUAGCUGACAAGAGAAAACUAUACCAGCUGGUGGAUCCCCGCUUGGAGCUGAAUUAUUCUCUUAAAGGGGUGCAGAAAGUUUCUCAAUUAGCUUACAGCUGCCUCCAUAAGGACCCAAAAUCCCGUCCUACAAUGGAUGAAGUAGUGAAAGUUCUCACUCGAUUGCAAGAUCUUAAUGAUCUCGCCAUCUUAUCCCAUCACUCUCGUCUAUCUCAACAAGGGAGACGUAAGAAGAAACCAGAUGGAUCUGAGCAACUCUGCAACGCUCAAUCCAAAGGCAUUAGAGAUUCUCCCUUGAAUACUGGAAAACAGAGGUGUAGAUGAUCUGCAGUCAAUUCCUGUCAUUAUUGGCUCAACUAUCAAACCAACCAGAGGUUGGGAUGCCACAGUUGUAUCUUCAAUUGUGUGAAGACAAUAUUUCAGGCUUGUUAUACAACUUUGGGGAGUUUGAAAAUUUGCUAGAGGCAGAAAGAUUGGAAGAGGUAAACCAAUUUCCUUUUCUUUAAAACCUUAUACUAAAGAGCUAACCGUGAAUGUGGGACCAUUAUUUGUCACGAUUUCCCAAUGUUGUAAUUAGAUCAAACCUCCCAUUUCCAAGAUUUGCAGCUACCUGAAUGUCAAUUUCUUUGAGUUUUUGGAAUUUGCAGUAUGUUUCUCCAUGACACUAUCUUGUACUUCAAAUCUACACGUUCUCUCUUACAACGAAAAUGUUGUUGACAGUUUGCUUCAAUUUGAAAACCUUAUUGGAUCAUUCAACUCAGUACUAUCUAUAUCUGUAAUUGUGAAUGUUAAAGAUGGGAAGUUUUGUUUUAGUGA